AUGGCCAAUAGAUGUUAAUUUGAAAACUCCAAUGAUAUUGGUGUUUUUUCCAAACUUACUAAUUCUUAUUGCUUAGUUGCUCUAGGAGGAAGUGAAAACUUUUAUUCUGUGUUUGAAUCUGAACUUGGAUUGAGCAUGCCAGUAAUUCAUUGUUCAAUAGGAGGUACAAGAAUUAUUGGAAGGUUGACAGCAGGAAACAAAAAUGGACUUCUCGUUCCAAAUACUUGCACUGAUUAAGAAUUGAAAUAAAUUAGAAAUUCAUUACCUGAUGAAGUUAAAGUUAAAAGAGUAGAAGAGAAAUUAUCAGCAUUAGGGAAUUGCGUUGCUUGCAAUGACUAUGUUGCAUUAAUUCACUCAGAUUUGGAUAAAGAAACUGAGGAAAUUAUUGCUGACACUCUUGGAGUUGAAGUUUUCAGAACUACUGUAGCAUAAUAAGUCUUAGUUGGAACCUAUUGUUGCUUUAAUAACUAAGGAGGACUUGUUCAUCCAUUAACAACAGUUGAAGAAUUAGAUGAAUUGGCCAAUUUACUGCAAAUUCCAUUAUGUGCCGGAACUGUUAAUAGAGGAAGUGACAUUAUUGCAUCAGGGCUAGUAGUUAAUGAUAUUGCAGCUUUUUGUGGUCUUGAUACAACAUCAACUGAAAUCACUGUAAUUGAAAAAAUAUUCAAACUCUAAGAUAAGAAUAAAUAGAAUAUGGAAGUAUAAAUUCGUUAAGAUAUGAUGCAAGAAUUGGAAUGA